AUGCCAGCACAGAACAAAGCUCCCCAACAGCCCCCAAUGUGUGUGCUCAAUGCCCUUGAGCUAGGGGUCCAAUCCGCCGAAAAUACACACCGCUUCCUCUGCGAUGUCUUCGGUCGACCCGACUCCGAGGCACCAUCACGACUCUCACCGGACGGCAAGAAAGCCACUUUUCCCCUAUACAACACUUGCAUUGAGUUCAUCACGGCCAUGUCCUCCAAGCCCUCCGGUGGCGAGCACACGGUCAGCGUCAACCUCCUCGUCCAAGAUGUCGACAAUGUCAAGAAGGUGCUUGACCAACAUAAGCAUCGGUACAAGCUUGGACAAUGGAAGGAAUUGCCUGGACAACCGAAGUGGAUCCAGUUCAAGGAUUUGGAUGGAUACACCUGGAUUGUUGGUGAAUUUCCGAAGGAGUAA